UAUUUCCCAAAAAUCUUAGUGUAAUUUUAAGCUAAUAAAGUGUAAAGUUUUAAGCUAUUAAAGUUAAAAUUGUGCUAAGACAUUGGGGAGAUCCUGAACUGAAAUCCAGUUAUCAUUUUUUUAAGUUCAUAGACUCCAGAUUAAGAACCCCUUUAUCAUUAUCAUCAUAGGAUCACAGAUUCAGAACUGGAAGGAGCCUUAGAGAUGGACUGAUACAUUUCCCUCAUGGUCCAGUUGAGGUAACCAAGGAAGUUAAGGGGCUUGACCAAGGUCACAGGUAGAAAGCUUCAAAGGCAGAGUCUAAACACAGGUCUGUCUCCAAAUCCAGCAAACUUUCCAAUUCACAGGACCACUUUGCUACUUAGGUAUCCUUUAAUCUCUUAAAAUCAUUACUACCCCUAAGGUGAUUAACUGCAAAGAUUCCUCUCUGGCAAGGCUUACCCUCUGAUGAUUUAGCUGGCCUUUGUCUGAAGAGCCAGCAGCGUAUUCUCUGCCCCCCCCAAGUUAUUAGAGCCUAUUGACAUUUUUUAUUCACAUAGUUCCUUAUAGCGGUGAAGGGGGAAAGACCCCCUAGUCUCACACCUAUUGGCUUUCAAUAAUUAAUUGGCCUAAGGAUGUUUCCUUUGAAAUAUAAUUUAAAGGAACUGAUUGGAGGAUCAUAGGAUGUUGCAGCUGGAAGGAUUAUGGAACCCAGAAUGUUAGAGCACAGACUAUUGAAAGCUGAAGCAAGAAGAGACCUUAGAACAUGGAAUAUUAGAAUGCAGAACGCAGUAUUUUAGAAGUAGAAGCUUAGAAAUCAGGCUGCCAGUCUAUCCAUCCACAAACUACUGUUAGAAUUAUAUUGAAAUAAUUAUCAAUGCUUUUUUAAAGUUCAUGAACCGCAGGAUAGGAAACCCUGAUCCUCAUAGGAUCACAGAUUUAGAUGUGGAAGGGACUUUUUAGGCCAACUCUCUCAUUUUUCAGAUUGAGAAACUGAGUCCUAAAGAAAGGAGUACCAAAUUCGCACACUCAGAACAGAAGGGGACCCCUCUCAUUACUGAGGACCAGCCAACGUGCCCUGAAGGAGAAUUCCCCUAAAUUCGUGGAAAGGAGCCAUGUGAAACCAGUUGGAAGCCCCGGUGCCCUCAGCGUUUCCACUUGCCUCGCUCGUGUGUGGGGCUGAGCCACCUACAGGAAUUGUCGGCAUUUCUGAAAUUCACGGGGUCAGGAUUUCUCCUGGGCUCUCCCAGAGGGCGGGCGCUUGGUGAGAUGCCUGGGUUCCCGGGCUAUUGAGUUAUUGCCACCGGCUUCGGACAGCCGGGGAGAGGACCAGGAGGGGGACAAGGAGGCGGAGGCCACAGCCGCGGGGGAAGCCUCCCUCCCAGAGCUCCGGGUUAAUAAAGGAAGCAGCUCAAUUAGCAUUUCACACGCUUUUCUUCCCCCUCACGGUCCAGGCCCCGCAGUGGGCAUGCUCGCUCCCUCAAAGAUCGCCCUGUUUUCGCUCCUCGCCAGCGUUGGCAGGGUGAUAGUGACCAAGUGUGCAAACUUGUGCUAUUGUCUCCGGGCCAGGGGGAGCCAUGGCGACUCGCUAAUAUGACACAGGAAAAUGUUUGCUGAUGGUAAUUCUAUGGGCUUUGUCUAACUCUUUCUCCAUCAUGACGACUCGAUUUAAGUCUCUAACUGUUUGACUACAAAUGCAAGAGGGCUAUCCAACUCCAUCCCUUUGUCCGGCCAGUUUGAAUGGGUAAUUCAGCCUUUGUGCGCCUCAAUUGAGGGGGCAAACAUAAAAGACAAGAUUCUUCAACGCUCAGGCCGGCUUUCCAUGGAUAUCUAUCCCCGCAACUCUUUAGAGUGCCGGGUCCUUCCCUACCUACCUCUUCUGACAUCAUUCCUCCUCUCCUCUCCUCCUUCCCUCCCCCACCCGUCAUCUUUUUUGUUUAAAAAAAAAAAAGAUGGAGAAGAGCUUUUAUUGAUAAUAAUAGUAAUAAUAACGACAGUUCGCAUUUCUGGAGCGCACCGAGAUUUCCAAAGCAUUUUCUUUACAAUACUAAUAUCCCCAUUUCACGGAUAAGGCACCUGAAGACCCCAGUGGCCCGGUAAGUGACUUGCCCAGGUUCAACAUUGAAUUCAUUUCAACAAAACAUUGAUUGAAGGAGUAGAAGCACCGUGAAAGAUGGAGAAACCAGGCAAGACCCACUUAUUAACCUCAUUUUACAGAAGAGGAAACCGAGGCACGAUAAACUAAAUGAUUUGCCUUAGGGUAACUUGGCCUCAGUUUACAGAUGGGGAAAUCCGAUAGCAGGGAGAUGAGAUGACCUGCCAGGAUCACUUAACAAUAAUAAUAAUCGAGGUUUUGUGUAGUGCUUCAUUUUACUCAUGCCAUCUUCUUUAAUCCCAACAACAAAUCGAUGAGGUAUAUUUCCUCAUCAUCCCCAUAUUAUUAUCCUUAUUUUACACAUGGGGAAACUGAGAUACACAGCGAGAUGAAAGUGGCUUGCCCAGGAUCGCACAGCUCAUAAGUGUCAGUGCCGAGGUUCGAGGCCAGCACCUCCGCAUCUCUUAAAAGUAGACAGCCUCAUCAGCUUGCCCCCUCCCUAAUUGUCCCGCCUCACUGGAGCAUGGCCGCCCACGUCUCCAGGCCUCUCUAGGCUGACUUCAAGAGUUUCAAGUUUCUGUUCUUCGCUCACUCCGCAUCAGCAGAGCCCGCGUCCCGGGCGCUUGAGAACCGCCCUCCUGGCUCCCCGCCCCCCAACACAGAAAGGAUGGAGGGAAGGAAAAAGUGGCUCCUGAUUGGCCGGAGAAGUCCCCCAGCUCGAAGGAGUUGGUAUUCAUUCAGACUACUCAAGGGCCGCUAAACUGCUUCUAAACACUCCUAGCCGCUGGUUGCUUCUCCAAAGGUCUGCCCUUUGUCCACCUGCUGAGCUGCAGGCCAGGGAAUAGCAGCUCUUCAUGGAAAUCUCCGGGAGGCGUACCCAGGGAGAUGGCAUCCGACAGUGAGGUGAAGAUGCUACUCAAUUUCGUGAACCUGGCCUCCAGUGACAUCAAAGCUGCCCUGGACAAGUCUGCCCCUUGCCGACGCUCUGUGGACCACAGAAAGUAUCUGCAGAAACAGCUCAAGCGGUUUUCUCAGAAAUAUUCCCGGCUGCCAAGAUGCUAUCCCAAUAGAUCUGGGGAAUCUCACUCAAAAAGGGGGCCUGAGGAUAGCCAUUGCCGCACCCCCUCUAAUGGCAGCACAGAGAAGGGCCCAGGAAACCGGGGAAUGGAAGAGAAUUUUCCUCAAGUGCAGGCCCUGCAAGAGCAAAUCCCAGAGGCCUCCAGGCCAGACCAAGUACCCAUGCGGAAAAGACAGCUGCCUGCUUCCUUCUGGGAAGAACCUCGGCCUGCCCAAAGCUACUCUGGGGGGUUAGAUGGGCUCUCUGGCCAUAGGGAGGUUCCUGCUUACGAGGGGAAAAAAAGUAAAAAGAGACCUGAGACUUUGGGUUCAGAGACUGCACCUGUACCUACUUCUCCCAGGGCAGAGAAGGAAUCCCCUAAGGUCCCUUCAGCCUCCCUCAUGGGCCGAAUGAGUGCCUGGAGUUGUUGUCCAUUCCAGUACCAUGGACAACCCAUCUACCAGAGCCCAGGAGGGCUGCCUCAGUCUCCUGUGCCCAGCCUGGGGCUUUGGAGAAAAAGUCCAGCUUCCCCAGGAGAGAUGGGUCAUUUCUGCAAGGAGCCUGGUAGCCCUAGCCAGAAAGUUUACAGACCAGUGGUCUUGAAACCCAUCCCCACAAAGCCAGGGGUUCCUCCUCCCAUUUUUAAUGUUUUUGGCUAUAUCUAGCCCCAGGUGAGUGACCCUUGGAAAGCACUGACCACCCUGUUCUAGUGAAGGUCCUGCCAGGUCCUCUGGAUUGAUUCCUGGAUAGGAAAGCUUCCAUCCCAUCCAUCUCCAAUAGGGGAGACGGCCUCCCCUGCAAAGGCCACGAGGAACACUGAGGAGGUGAUUUCUGCAAUAUUCCUGAAAAGCUCAUUCAGAAGCCUUCCGGGGUUAUUUAAGAUAAUUACUGUAACGAGAGGGAAUGGGGAGGGCAAGGGCGGAUGAAGGCUAUUUUCCCAGUCAGCACUUGUAACAUCAAUGACAUCUGGAGCUAGGGUUGAACCAGGCAGCACGUCAGAAGACAAUUGUGAACCAGAUGACUCCAUUUGUACUGUAAACAGCUGUUCUAACAGUUGUGGGGCUAACUUUUAUCUGAUAGGUGCUCAGGAAGCAACAUUCUCUUCAUUUGCCAAGAAAUUUGUAAGCCAAUCUCAUUUUUUUUUCUUUCUUGUAAAUAUUAAGAGGGUUAAAAGAAUAAAACAAAGUCAUUUUUAUAGUU